AAGUCGUGCAUUUGUCACAUGUGUGGUGCCCACCUGAACAGACUCCACUCUUGCCUCUAUUGUGUCUUCUUUGGCUGUUUUACAAAGAAACAUAUUCACGAGCACGCGAAGACAAAACGACACAACUUGGCCAUAGACCUUUUGUAUGGGGGUAUAUACUGCUUUAUGUGUCAAGAUUACAUAUACGACAAAGACAUGGAACAAAUUGCCAAAGAGGAACAACGGAAGGCUUGGAAAUUACAAGCCUUCACCCCAACAGUGGUUUCUCACUACCAGUGUACAAUGACAGGCAUUGGAGAGAAGUAUUCAACAUGGGAGCCAACCAAACGAGAGUUAGAAUUGCUACGACACAACCCCAAGCGGAGAAAAAUAACCACAAAUUGCACCAUAGGUCUACGAGGGCUAAUCAAUCUUGGGAACACAUGUUUUAUGAACUGUAUUGUCCAGGCACUUACCCACACUCCACUACUGCGAGAUUUCUUCCUCUCCGACAGGCACAAAUGUGAAAUGCAAAGCCCCAGCUCAUGUCUGGUCUGUGAAAUGUCUACACUUUUUCAGGAGUUUUACUCUGGGCACCGAUCUCCUCACAUUCCAUAUAGGUUAUUGCACCUGGUAUGGACGCAUGCACGGCAUUUAGCAGGGUACGAGCAACAGGAUGCACACGAGUUCCUCAUUGCUGCAUUAGAUGUGCUACACAGACACUGCAAAGGUGACGAUAAUGGGAAGAAGGCCAACAACCCCAACCACUGUAACUGCAUCAUAGACCAAAUCUUCACAGGCGGACUGCAGUCUGAUGUCACUUGUCAAGUCUGCCAUGGUGUUUCUACAACGAUAGACCCGUUCUGGGACAUCAGUUUGGAUUUGCCAGGCUCUUCUACACCAUUCUGGCCACUGAGCCCGGGGAGUGACGGCAGUGUGGUGAAUGGGGAAAGCCAUGUAUCGGGCACCACCACGCUCACAGACUGCUUGCGAAGGUUUACAAGGCCAGAACAUCUAGGAAGCAGUGCCAAAAUCAAAUGUAGUGGUUGCCAUAGCUACCAGGAAUCUACCAAACAACUCACUAUGAAGAAAUUACCCAUUGUGGCCUGUUUUCAUCUCAAACGGUUUGAACACUCAGCCAAACUGAGGCGAAAGAUCACUACGUAUGUCUCCUUUCCGCUGGAGUUGGACAUGACGCCAUUUAUGGCUUCCAGCAAAGAGAGCAGAAUGAAUGGGCAGUACCAGCAGCCAACGGAUAGUCUAAACAAUGAUAAUAAGUAUUCCUUGUUUGCAGUAGUUAAUCACCAAGGAACCUUGGAGAGUGGGCACUAUACCAGCUUCAUCCGGCAACACAAGGACCAGUGGUUCAAAUGUGAUGAUGCCAUCAUCACCAAGGCUAGCAUUAAGGAUGUACUAGACAGUGAAGGAUAUUUGCUGUUCUAUCACAAACAGUUCCUGGAAUAUGAGUAGCCUUAUCCAGCAGCUUGUCAGAUAAAUGAAAGGAAGAAAAUAAGCAAGCCUUCUAAAAUGACACACAAACCUACCUGAAAUGAAAAGACCCAUUAAACAACAACUAGCACUGAGCUGUAACAGGACCUACUUGACACUGGCUCACAGGCUGGCGGAGUAAGAAAUGAACAAUGUCCAACGUGUAUGCAGUCCCGCAAGGACAGAAAGGGGGGAAAAAAAGAGGCUACAGUCAGUCACUUAAGAGCGGAAAUAUAAAAUGAGAGGAAUGCUCUGGGUGGGGGAAAUGGGAGCAGAGGAGUCCGGGCACUGGUACAUCUCCUAUGUUCCUCCGAAAAGUGUGUGGGAAGGCAAGGGGGUGUGCCAUCAUCUCCAUAAAGCAUCUUCUCCAUUGGUGCUUCAGCUCCAACUGACCAAUCAUAUAACAGUUAUUAUUAAAAAUCCAAGCCCAUUUUUGAUGCAUAUGGGUCUGAAAGCAGUAAAGUGGAGGAGGAUGGGAUGACACAACUAAAGGACUUUGCAAGUAUCUUUUUAUUUGUGAAUUUUAGUUAUUAAAUAAAUACAGUAUGAAACUA